AUGGAAGCUGCGUCUCAGCCCCGCCAUCCUCCUCCAGCAGGGGCAGGGGGCGCACCUAGUUACCAGAUAGGCGCCACUCCUCCGCCUAUUAUUGCAGCACCAGCGAAUUCAGUUACACACACUGUGCCGGCUUUAACAUUAAGAGAUUACCACAGUAUUGCAGAAGAUGUGGUUAACAGGAGAAUGUGUCAGCUGGCGACCGAUCAGGCCCCAAGAACAUUAGAAAGCGAGCUAGAUAAGCCAUAUGAAUCAUGGCACGACCGAGUUGCAUUUCCCGCAGGUUGGCAUCCGCCGAAGUUCCGCCUGUUUGAUGGAACCGGGGACGCCACUGAGCACCUUGUAUAUUUUGAGUCGGUAUGUGGAGAUACCGCCAACAACCCUUCAUUAUUACUGCGCCAGUUCUCGGCUUCCUUGACGGGAGCCGCCUUCCACUGGUAUAGCCGUUUACCUGCAGGUUCGGUACCUAGUUGGGUUGCCAUGAAGGAGCUCUUUAAAUCACAUUUUAUCACCAUGAGGAAAGACAUCUCGAUUCUAGAGUUGUCUCAAAUAAAGCAAAGGCGGGACGAGAGAAUUGAAGAUUACAUCGUCCGCUUCAGAAAUAAUUAUGUUCGACUUGCAAGAGAGAUGCAUCCAGAAGAUGCUGUGCAGAUGUGCAUCCACGGCAUGUUGCAACAUUGGUUGGUCGGCGUGUCAAGACGUGACCCCAAGACGUUUAGCUCGCUUGGUGAUGCUGUUGCAGCCACCAAGUUGGAGUUCGAAAAGGUACCCCAUAUCAUGGAGAUGUACAAGAACGCGGGCUCUGUUGAUAACACUCGGCGCUUUGGGACGUCAAGCAAGCCAACAGGGAAUGGCAACAAAGGGAAGGCACCCGUUGAGUCAAAUGCUACGAGUACCGUUCCAGUUUUCGGUCUAAAAAAUGAGCGGCCAAGACCAGCGGUACGCCCUAAUGUCCGGGAAAUGUUAAAUAAACAGUAUGUCUUCCGACGGGACCUUAUCAAGAGCCUCUUUGAACAAAUGAACGAGCAAAAGCUUGUAAAUUUACCUACUCCGGCAAGGCCCGAGCAGGUCGCCAUGAUUGAGAAUCCCUUGUAUUGCCCAUACCAUCGGUAUGUAGGGCAUAUCAUUGAGGAUUGUAUUGCUUUCAAAGAAUGGUUGCAAAGAGCGGUUGAUGAGAAAAGAUUGGCCCUCAAACCUGAAGCAAUGAACCCUGAUUAUCGUACUGCUAACAUGGUGACGGUGAAGCAUGAUGUGUCAUCGUCCGUCCAUAUAAACAAAGAAGAAGAGUAUUGGGUGCCAUUCAUCCAAGUAGAAGAUCAGUUUGAGAGGCUUCGGCUCACGCCCAUCACUCAUCGUGAGAAGGAGCAACAGUGGCAGCAGGUACCGCAAAGGCACCCUCCAAGAGCUCAGCGAUCAAGCUAUCAAGUUAAUCCUCCAUCAGUGCGGAUGCAAAGUGUACUGCGUGAUCCAAGUCAACGACGUAUGCCUCCCCGAUUCAUUCCCGAGUCGGAGGGAGACGAGUCUUUCCCACGAAGAAUCACCACGUUGCCUACACUAGGUCAAUUCUUCCCUGAGACCUGGGGGCAGCCAACGACGUCAAGAGAUGAACACGUCCUCGACACUACUUCGUCCUCCGAGGUGGCGCCAUGCAAUGCUAUCACUGCGAGUGAGGAUGAGGAGGACUCAAACUCGGGAGUCGCUAUUACUCCCGAAGAGCGUGAGGCUCUUGAAGCGGAAGCUGCAUCUACUGAGGAGGGUGACAUGGAAGAAGUACAUAUGAAUUUGAGGAACGGGAGAGAACUUCCUGAGCCAGUAAAGCUCCAACGGCCUCGAAUUGAAAAGGCCGAUGGGUUGCAACGUGAAAAGCUCCCCACUAAAGAAGCCAAGCCUUCAUCAUCAAAAGCAUUAGGUAACGGGGAUGAGGGCGUGGAGUACAAUGUCAUUGCUCACUUAAAGCGCAUUCCAGCAUUACUGAGCGUUUAUGACGCAUUGAUGCUCAUGCCAGAUUUAAGAGAGGCCUUAAUCAAGGCCCUUCAGGCUCCUCAUGUAUAUGAAACGGCUAUGGCUAAACAUCGACUCCUUAGCAUCCUAGCCGAAGCCAAUGAAAUAUCAUUCUCUGAGGAAGAUAAGAUGGUUGAAACCAAUAACCAUAAUCGACCACUCUACAUUGAAGGAAACAUUGGGAGCGCACAUCUUCGCCGUGUACUCAUAGACCCUGGCUCGGCGGUCAACCUUCUGCCUAUUCGCAGCUUGACCCGAGCCGGGUAUACUAUGGAUGAUCUCGAGCCCACCAGUGUGGUUAUAUGUGGAUACGAUAGCAAUGGGAGCAAAGCAUUGGGCUCGAUCACUGUAAAGCUGCAAAUGUCCACUUUCAGCUUUAAGGUGAAAUUCUUCGUGAUUGAGUUCGUAACAUCCUAUUCGGCGCUAUUGGGUAGACCGUGGAUUCACAAAUACCAAGUCGUCCCGUCUACAUUGCACCAGUGCUUCAAGUUUAUGGAUAACAAGGGAGAGCAACACCGGAUCAUCGGUAAUCUCUUCCCGUAUACGGUGCAAGAGGUGCACCAUGCAGAUGCUAAGUACUUCUUCCCGGGCACCGGAGGAGAAGAACGUUUGGGGCGCUCUAACCCAGCAGCCGAUGUUGUGAUUACACCUGACCCGACGUCUUCUAGUUCUGAGAUGGAGUUCCUCAUCACACCAUGCUCCAGGCAACAAGGCUCUCUCCCUCGCGUUCGUGGGAGUAUGGACCGAGGAAGGCUUCGAUCACGUGCUCCUGUGUCUCGACGACAACAAGGAUCGGGGGCAAUUAAAGAAGACAGGUCAGAUCCUGAAGAGGAUAAGGAGGAGAUUAUCGGGACUCUAAGGGUUGCACCAAGCAUGGUCCCCUUGCUCGAGAAGUCCGGAAUCAAGCUACGGAGGAACCAGAGAUUACCAUCUCCGCCCAACGUGAAGACUGGGGGCACGAGGAUGAAGAAGAAGUGCCAUCCGAUGAAGAGGACUUGA